UGCCUUUUCGUCACAGUCAUGUCCAUGGGUAAAACCUAUUUUUUAGAAACGUUUGACAAAUUUGACAACUGAGACAAAAAUGUAAACAUCUGGCAAAGGGAGCUGAACAAAUCCUAAUUGAGCUCACUGGACCAUAGAUUAUCCGACAAACCAAUGAUGGGGAUCCAUCUUUACAUCUGGCUUCUCUCAGUGAUAACCUCCUGUUCAGGUUCAGGGACAGGUUUCAAUGACAAACCCACCCUAGAUCCUGAAUUUUACAACCUAAACUGGAUGAAGUCUAUACCUGACAAGACUCCACUAUCUGCUGUCUCCAUUCCCGGAACACAUGAAAGCUUAUGCUUAUAUGGAGGACCACUUGUUAAAUGUCAAGUUUGGACCUUAGAAGACCAACUUAAUGUGGGAGUGCGAUAUUUUGAUUUUCAUGCUGGAAUUUGGCUGCCUCUACAAAAACAUGUGUAUGUCCAGGAUAGGCACUGGUUGUUUUGGCAACACAUUCAGAUUGAUGAAGUCCUUAAGAUCAUUUUGGAUUUCUUAAGUGUCCAUAGUAGUGAAACUGUGCUGUUGAAAGUGACACUACAAGGCUUAUACAUGAGGACAGUGGAGGAACUGAUGAAGAAAUUGACUGAAAAAUUCAAAGAUAAAAUAUGGACUCAGUUGUCUGUACCAAACAUGCAACAGGCAAGGGGCAAGAUUGUUUUUCUCCAGAGUAAUACCUUCAGUGCUGGAAUAGAAAACCAUAAAUCAUUUUUCUUUGAACAUAAACAGCUAAAGAACGUUGAAGACAAAAUAAAGCAAAUGAAAUCACACCUCUGUAACCAUCACGUUGUGCUGACUGAAAGUGAAGCAUCAAGGCUUGAACGUCCUAAAACCUUGGCUAAAAAAGUUAACAGGCAGCUUAAUGACUUUCUUGUGCAACAUAAGAAAAGCUCCAUGAACCAAGGCUGCUUAGGUGUCUUCAGCAUUAGCUUCCCAAGUGCUGAACUUAUUGAAAACAUCAUUCAAACCAAAACAUGCAAUUGUGGUAAAGGUUCAGAAUCACCAACAUCUGGGCAGGAUUCAGAACCUACAUCUGAACCAGUGCCAGCAACAGAAUCACCAACAUUUGGACAAGAUUCAGAAGCAAAAUCUGAACCAGAGCCUGUAACAGAAUCACCAACAUCUGGACAGGAUUCUGAACCUACAUCUGAACCAGAGCCUGCAACAGAAUCACCAACAUCUGGGCAGGAUUCUGAACCUACAUCUGAACCAGCACCAGCAACAGAGCCACCAACAUCUGGACAAGAUUCAGAAACUACACCUGAACCAGUGCCUGCAACAGAAUCACCAUCAUCUGGGCAGGAUUCUGAACCUACAUCUGAACCAGAGCCUGCAACAGAAUCAUCAACAUCUGGGCAAGAUUCAGAAGCAACAUCUGAACCAGCACCAGCAACAGAGCCACAAACAUCUGGACAAGAUUCAGAAGCAAAAUCUGAACCAGAGCCUGUAACAGAAUCACCAACAUCUGGACAGGAUUCUGAACCUACAUCUGAACCAGAGCCUGCAACAGAAUCACCAACAUCUGGGCAGGAUUCUGAACCUACAUCUGAACCAGCACCAGCAACAGAGCCACCAACAUCUGGACAAGAUUCAGAAACUACACCUGAACCAGUGCCUGAAACAGAAUCACCAACAUCUGAACAAGAUUCAGAACCUACAUCUGAACCAGUGCCUGCAACAGAAUCACCAACAUCUGGGCAAGAUUCAGAAGCAACAUCUGAACCAGCACCAGCAACAGAGCCACAAACAUCUGGGCAAGAUUCAGAACCAACACCUGAACCAGAGCCUGCAACGGAAUCACCAACAUCUGGGCAGGAUUCUGAACCAACACCUGAACCAGAGCCUGCAACAGAAUCACCAACAUCUGGGCAGGAUUCUGAACCUACAUCUGAACCAGAGCCUGUAGCAGAAUCACCAACAUCUGGGCAGGAUUCUGAACCUACACCUGAACCAGAGCCACCAACAGAAUCGCCAACAUCUGGACAAGAUUCAGAAGCAACAUCUGAACCAGGGCCUGUAACAGAAUCACCAACCUCUGGGCAGGAUUCAGAAGCAACAUCUGAACCAGGGCCUGUAACAGAAUCACCAACAUCUGGACAGGAUUCAGAGACCACACCUGAACCAGUGCCUGCAACAGAAUCACCAACAUCUGGGCAGGAUUCUGAACCUACACCUGAACCAGAGCCUUCACCAGAAUCACCAACAUCUGGGCAGGAUUCUGAACCUACAUCUGAACCAGAGCCUGUAGCAGAAUCACCAACAUCUGGGCAGGAUUCUGAACCUACACCUGAACCAGUGCCUGCAACAGAAUCACCAACAUCUGGGCAGGAUUCUGAACCUACAUCUGAACCAGCACCAGCAACAGAAUCACCAACAUCUGGGCAAGAUUCAGAACCAACACCUGAACCAGAGCCUGCAACGGAAUCACCAACAUCUGGGCAGGAUUCUGAACCAACACCUGAACCAGAGCCUGCAACGGAAUCACCAACAUCUGGGCAAGAUUCAGAACCAACACCUGAACCAGAGCCUGCAACAGAAUCACCAACAUCUGGGCAGGAUUCUGAACCUACAUCUGAACCAGAGCCUGCAACGGAAUCACCAACAUCUGGGCAGGAUUCUGAACCUACACCUGAACCAGAGCCACCAACAGAAUCGCCAACAUCUGGACAAGAUUCAGAAGCAAUAUCUGAACCAGGGCCUGUAACAGAAUCACCAACAUCUGGGCAGGAUUCAGAAGCAACAUCUGAACCAGCACCAGCAACAGAAUCGCCAACAUCUGGACAAGAUUCAGAAGCAACAUCUGAACCAGGGCCUGUAACAGAAUCGCCAACAUCUGGACAGGAUUCAGAGACCACACCUGAACCAGUGCCUGCAACAGAAUCACCAAAAUCUGGGCAGGAUUCUGAACCUACACCUGAACCAGAGCCAGCCCCAGAAUCGCCAACAUCUGGGCAGGAUUCUGAACCUACAUCUGAACCAGAGCCUGUAGCAGAAUCACCAACAUCUGGGCAGGAUUCUGAACCUACAUCUGAACCAGCAACAGAAUCACCAACAUCUGGGCAAGAUUCAGAAACUACACCUGAACCAGCACCAGCAACAGAAUCACCAACAUCUGGGCAAGAUUCAGAAACUACACCUGAACCAGUGCCUGCAACAGAAUCACCAUCAUCUGGACAAGAUUCUGAACCUACAUCUGAACCAGAGCCUGCAACAGAAUCACCAACAUCUGGACAGGAUGCUGAACCUACAUCUGAACCAGCACCAGCAACAGAGACACCAACAUCUGGGCAAGAUUCAGAAACUACACCUGAACCAGUGCCUGAAACAGAAUCACCAACAUCUGGGCAGGAUUCUGAACCUAUAUCUGAACCAGAGCCUGCAACUGAAUCACCAACAUCUGGGCAAGAUUCAGAAGUAACAUCUGAACCAGAGCCUCUAACAGAAUCACCAACAUCUGGGCAGGAUUCUGAACCUACAUCUGAACCAGAGCCUGGAGCAGAAUCACCAACAUCUGGGCAGGAUUCUGAACCUACAUCUGAACCAGUGCCAGCAACAGAAUCACCAACAUCUGGGCAAGAUUCAGAAACUACACCUGAACCAGUGCCUGAAACAGAAUCACCAACAUCUGGGCAGGAUUCUGAACCUAUAUCUGAACCAGAGCCUGCAACUGAAUCACCAACAUCUGGGCAAGAUUCAGAAGUAACAUCUGAACCAGAGCCUCUAACAGAAUCACCAACAUCUGGGCAGGAUUCUGAACCUACAUCUGAACCAGAGCCUGGAGCAGAAUCACCAACAUCUGGGCAGGAUUCUGAACCUACAUCUGAACCAGUGCCUGACACAGAAUCACCAACAUCUGAUCAUGAUUCUGAACCUACAUCUGAACCAGAGCCUGCAACAGAGCCACCAACAUCUGGGCAGGAUUUAGAACCUACAUCUGAACCAGUGCCAGCAACAGAAUCACCAACAUCUGGGCAGGAUUCAGAACCUACAUCUGAACCAGCACCAGCAACAGAGCCACCAACAUCUGGGCAGGAUUUAGAACCUACAUCUGAACCAGUGCCAGCAACAGAAUCACCAACAUCUGGGCAGGAUUCAGAACCUACAUCUGAACCAGUGCCAGCAACAGAAUCACCAACAUCUGGGCAGGAUUCAGAAGCAACAUCUGAACCAGAGCCUGUAACAGAAUCACCAACAUCUGGGCAGGAUUCAGAACCUACAUCUGAACCAGUGCCUGACACAGAAUCACCAACAUCUGGGCAAGAUUCAGAAGCAACAUCUGAACCAGAGCCUGCAACAGAAUCACCAACAUCUGGACAGGAUUCUGAACCUACAUCUGAACCAGCACCAGCAACAGAGCCACCAACAUCUGGGCAAGAUUCAGAAACUACACCUGAACCAGUGCCUGAAACAGAAUCACCAACAUCUGAUCAUGAUUCUGAACCUACAUCUGAACCAGAGCCUGCAACAGAGCCACCAACAUCUGGGCAGGAUUUAGAACCUACAUCUGAACCAGUGCCAGCAACAGAAUCACCAACAUCUGGGCAGGAUUCAGAACCUACAUCUGAACCAGCACCAGCAACAGAGCCACCAACAUCUGGGCAGGAUUCUGAACCUACAUCUGAACCAGUGCCAGCAACAGAAUCACCAACAUCUGGGCAGGAUUCAGAACCUACAUCUGAACCAGUGCCAGCAACAGAAUCACCAACAUCUGGGCAGGAUUCAGAAGCAACAUCUGAACCAGAGCCUGUAACAGAAUCACCAACAUCUGGACAGGAUUCAGAACCUACAUCUGAACCAGCACCAGCAACAGAAUCACCAACAUCUGGGCAGGAUUCAGAAGCAACAUCUGAACCAGAGCCUGUAACAGAAUCACCAACAUCUGGGCAGGAUUCAGAAGCAACAUCUGAACCAGAGCCUGCAACAGAAUCACCAACAUCUGGACAGGAUUCUGAACCUACAUCUGAACCAGCACCAGCAACAGAGACACCAACAUCUGGGCAAGAUUCAGAAACUACACCUGAACCAGUGCCUGAAACAGAAUCACCAUCAUCUGGGCAGGAUUCUGAACCUACAUCUGAACCAGAGCCUGGAGCAGAAUCACCAACAUCUGGACAAGAUUCAGAAGCAACAUCUGAACCAGAGCCUGUAACAGAAUCACCAACAUCUGGACAGGAUUCAGAGACCACACCUGAACCAGAGCCUGCAACAGAAUCACCAACAUCUGGGCAGGAUUCUGAACCUACAUCUGAACCAGAGCCUGCAACAGAAUCACCAACAUCUGGGCAGGAUUCUGAACCUACAUCUGAACCAGAGCCUGAAACAGAAUUACCAACAUCUGGGCAGGAUUCUGAACCUACAUCUAAAAUAGAGCCUGCAACAGAAUCGCCAGCAUCUGGGCAGGAUUCUGAACCUACAUCUAAAAUAGAGCCUGCACCAGAAUCACCAACAUCUGGACAGGAUUCUGAACCUACAUCUGAACCAGAGCCUGUAGCAGAAUCACCAACAUCUGGGCAGGAUUCUGAACCUACAUCUGAACCAGAGCCUGCAACAGAACCACCAACAUCUGGGCAGGAUUCUGAACCUACAUCUGAACCAGAGCCUGAAACAGAAUCACCAACAUCUGGGCAGGAUUCUGAACCUACAUCUAAAAUAGAGCCUGCACCAGAAUCACCAACAACUGGGCAGGAUUCAGAAGCAACAUCUGAACCAGAGCCUGUAACAGAAUCACCAACAUCUGGACAGGAUUCUGAACCUACAUCUGAACCAGCACCAGUAACAGAGCCACCAACAUCUAAACCAGUGCCUACAACAGAAUCACCAACAUCUGGGCAUGAUGCUGAACGUACACCUGAACCUGUACCUGCAACAGAAUCACCAACACCUGGACAAGUUUCAGAGCCAUCACCUUAUUCACACACUUCGCCUGCAGCAGGGCCUAAUGCUGAGUCAGCAGAGCACCAACCACAACUGAUAAAUACACCAGCCACUCUGCCCGCAACACUACAUGAGUCACAUCCAGCAGUGUUGCCUAAAAUUCCUCUUAAAAUAGAGCACAAGCUGGCACCACAGUGGAGAAAACGUAAAUGCUACAGAGGGUCGAUCAAGUAAGACAUGCAUUGCUAAGGCUAAUUAAAUUAUCCUCUAAAAUUCUGGAAUGGAAAAGUGUGGAAUUAUUUUGUUCUGAAAAUUUAAUGAAGUGUAAGACUUGUGUUGUGUCAUGUAAUUAAGUAACAUUAUCUAAUAUUCACAUGCAUUGUUACAAAAAAAUAUAUUGGUCUUUGCAAAACCUACCUUUAAAUAGUGGUGUUUAAAGGUAGUUACAAAUAAAUCCUGACUGCAGCAAGAAAAAAUAAUUUAAAAAGGCACACAUUUACACUUGUCAUAAUUUAUAAAAGAGGAAAAUUUAACAAAAGUUUUAGGGCAGUGUACAAUUCAUAGAUACUACUUCAUAUUUUGUUUGUCACUCACACGUGGCCAUUGAUGAUUUUAGCAUUCCUGUAAAGUGAUGUAAUUGUAGCCAAGUGCAUAACCAUGAUGAUGUCAAUCUUUUCAUUGCCACACUAAAAACAUUCCUCAGUGAUAUCACAUUUGUCUCAGCGUGUCUCAUUGGAUUUGUAUGAUGUGCUUUCUUUUGAAUGAGUUUAAUUGUGCUUGGUAUUUUUCUGAUCACUAAAUUGACUACAUAACCAAAUAAAUCACGACAUAUGUAAACUUGAAUACAUUGUGUACAGCUGUGGGAAGCGAGGUUA